AAUGGCUUGCAUUCCUUGUCAUCGAGAACAACGACUAUUUCUCCUCCACCCUUCUUCCCCCCCUCCAACCAGAAAGGAGUGGGAUGGACUGUAAUAUUUUCAGCCUACUGUAAAAGGCCAGGAAGUGGGAAAUUCGAGAGCUGCAAGCCUGAAGAGUCAGAGGAGACUGAGGAACCGUGUGCUCAUACUUCUACAGGAGUCUGCCCGAGCGUGUGAGAGGGGCAGCGAAGGCAAGAUGGAAGACACUUUAACCAUUUUCCAGAACUACCCUACCCUCUCUAUUUUGGUCUGGGCUCUGCUUUUCAGGGGUUUACAUCGGUUGCUCCGGGAACUGCCGCUACCUAGAUGUGUGGCUCAGGACAGGAUUAAAAGUUGGAGAUGGAGGAACUUGAGUGUGUCUCUGGUACACUCCAUUGUGACAGGACCUGGUGCAUUGUGCUGUGUUUUCUUAAAGCCGGAUAUGCUUGCAGACAUCAUGCUCUCCUUCUCGCAUGCAGCUUACCUACUGGUUUGUGUGUCCUCAGGGUAUUUCAUUCAGGAUGCGGCUGACAUCAUCAUCAGUGGACAGUCACGAGCUUCCUGGGAGUUUUUGGUUCAUCAUGCCUUGGUCAUCUCCUCCUUCUUGUAUACAAUCUACACUCAUCGUUAUGUAGCUGGCUCUGUCCUUGCUCUCUUUGUGGAGAUGAACAGCAUUUUUCUUCACUCAAGGCUCCUUCUCAAGCUCGCCAACGCCCAGACUUCAGACUUAUAUUGUGUGAACAAGUAUGUCAACUUUGCCACGUACGUGCUGUUCCGAUUGGGAGCCCAGUUCUACAUUACUUGGUACAUCCUCUACAACUUCAACACAUUGGUCCACCCGUCUUUCUUUCUAGUCGCCCUCAUGCUUAUGAAUCUCAUGAUCCUUGUGUACUUCUAUCGCUUGCUCCGUACAGAUUUCCUGAGGUCACCAAAGAGCCGGAUUGUACUCAAUGGCACCAACAACAACUUGAAGUUUGUAGAUGAUUAAGGCUAACUUUGGACUUUUCACUAAAGAAGUUAAGAAACAUUUCACGAUGGAAUGACCAUGCUGUUCUGCAGAGUGUUGGGGGUGGACCCUCCAACUCAGCCGGCAGUCAGCUUGUGACAGCACUUGGACUGAAAAGCUGCACACAGAGGAAUGGACAUGGACUUGUUCUCUUUGAAAUGAGACUGUUCUUGUGUCCUCCAUUAAUAAACUAGAAGACAGUUAAAUGAUGAAGGCUGACAGCAUGACCUGAAAAUGUUGCAGUUCCAUGGCCCUCUCCAAGGACUUAACUGCUACUGCUCACUGUGUCCACCCCACUUUGAUAUUUAUUGAUGUGAAAAGUCUCCUCUGACAGAUUUUGGGUCCAUUUUCUUAUUCUGACAGUGUUUUGCAAAUUAAGUUGUCUAGUGUAAAGCACUGCAAAUGAUACCAAUGUAACUGUGCUAGUAAAUGAUUUUUGUUGUCA